AUUUAUUCAACGCGCGAAGACGAGCACAUCAUUAGCGCUCAUACUCGCUUACAGCUAUCCUCACACCCUCAGAUAUGCCACUGUGUUGAAAAUGACAAGGCUCCGCGGAGGUUCCAUCGACGACCCAGACAUCGCGCGAUCCCCCGGCCACGGGCGAACUCACAGUUAUCGGUCAAAGCUCCCACCAAACGCACCGGAUGCGCUCAUACAGAAUACUAUUGAGGUAUCCGAUCCCUCAAGAGUGUUACCACGGUAUCGCGAUGAUCGAAGACGAAAGUUCAACGGCUUAGUGCGCAGGUACAAAGCUCAACUGCUUCACGGCUGCAAUAAUCCCGGAUGUCGAACCUCUACAUGUGCCAGUCAUCGCCGAAGACUUAGCGAAGGUCCAUAUCGUCGAUACACAGAACUGAGUGCGAGGACCUUGGCAUGCUACCUUGCCAGCUUGGAUGACCCGGAGACCGGUUUAUGUGUGAACGUGCCUAAGCCUCCACCGCAAUUGACAGCGGAAGAUUACCAUCGGAUUUCCCUGCGCCGAACUCGUACACUUGAAGCACAAACGGCAGCGGCUAACAGGUCGCCAAUACCGGAUCAGCGCGAUGAAGACCACUCGGCCCGUGAAGUGUCCAAGCCUGCGCAAAAUAGAUCAGCCGUGUCAAAAGUGAAAGAAGGGAGUUCUUCUCCCCAAACCCGUACCGGUAGCAGCUAUAUUCGAGACCUGGACCAUACCGCAGAGCAACAACUAAAAGACCCCAAGUCUUUUACACAGAAUCUCUUUGAUACAAUCUCGCUCCGUAUGGUCGAAUGGCUUCCCCUUCGCCGUGUUCCAGAUAUAUUGGAGCCAAAGUCCAAAUCGCCUGCACCGGGAGACACAAACAAUCCACCUACUGCCGAGAAGCACCACUGCCAUGUCGACGAAGUUCCAGGCAGAGAUCUCAAAAUUCCAGGCAGUUCCACGCUUGCAAACCAGCCCGGCUCUCAACCUCGUACUCCUUCAUCGCGAACAUCGGUAUCUCAACCCUCCGCGGUCGAGCUCAAGUUUCAGAACCAGCAUGUCAAACGACUAUCAGUCUCCGAGGUUGACCAUUGGCGCCAGAGUCCACGUUCAAGCCUUGAUGAUAAAAGGAAACCAGAAUUUAACAAGAAGCUCCCAGUGGCGUCUUCUGAUGAGUUUGUCAGCUUACCCUCACCACCAGCGUUAAAGCACCGUCCGCAAAAGUACCGCGGAAGAAUUGGGGACGUCGAUCCAGUCCCAGUGAAGGAACACCGUAAAACUCAACGACGUGUUUCGUGGGACAGCCAGAAGCUGCUGGAUGAGGUAUCUCCUAUCAAUAGCACGAGGAGCACGGAGCUCAUGCCUCCUCCUCGCCCUCUCCCUUCUUCUGUUACCCAAUCUCCCAGUGAGCGCAAAACAAAGCAAGAUUCUGUCGAAAACUUACUAGACACGAUUCCGCUGGCUCAGACGGUCACUCAUCUUACCCCCGAGAUCAUCGAUGGUCUGUCACAAGUCAUGAUUGAAUCUGCGGAAGAUGCUGAUUGCUGGGAGGAAGAACUUGAUCGUAUCCAAUGCGGUGGCAGCUUUGAGCAGCCAGAUUGGCGUUUUGCGACUCUGCGUCAGCGUGAAGUAUUUCCUUUCGUUGCUCAAAGUGCAUUUUUCGUGUUCAGCAGCCCCAGUCAGAUUUUGCGCUCCUUUAGUAGCGAGUCAACAGAUAUGAUCGGGGCUACUUUCAGUCGCCUUGAUGUUUCCCGUCUGCGUUUAUCGCUGCAGCGCCUGUUUACGAUUUGCCCGUGGGAUAUUGCACUACAUAGCCUAUGGAGCUCUUUGGACAAGCUCUUUGUUCCUCCGCGGGGAUUUACCUCUUCUGGACGGCCAUCCCGUCGAUCAUCUCGCAGUUCGACCACGACAGGGCCUGCGGCCUCUCCGGUCGUUCCCCGGCGAAUGUCUGAAUCUGCCAGUGAAGAUCAUCUGUCAGAUCCUGAUGCCGCCUACAUUGCCACAAUUGCCUUGUUCACUUUGGUCAGCUUUGUGCCUAAUAUUGACUUGGGGACUUGGAAAGCGGUGGUUCGGAUGCGUGCCGCUGGGUCUGUAGCUUCACUGUCAGACAUGCGCAAGCUGCCUUCGAACAAUGCCCAGCAAGCUAUCGAGGUGACGGACAGGUUCGAGCAUGAGUUAGGUCUCCGUCUCAUUAAUCGCCUCGUGCGGGCUCUCACCGCACGACUGGCAUACCAUGAAAUCUCCAAGGCCCGCCAAGUGUACAGCCUUGACGUACCAAAACAACGAAGACUCAGCGUGCUGGACCGCGUGGUUGACUAUCUUAGUGAGCACCACAUCUCUCAUACUGCUGGCAGCAAUGAGCCCGCUGAGUCCAUUAGCUCAGCCUCCCUCAUUGUUGAGUGGCUUCGGACUCUUUUCCUGCGUGAAUGGGACGGCAACCCUGAGAUGGCUCGUAGCAGCCCAGCCGGUGGUGCUAUUCAGAUUCUAGCCUCAAUGUACAAGGAACGAACCCGGUUAGGUCUUUUACCCGAAGACUUCCAUACACCUCUUCUCACGGAGCGGCUGGACCCAUUGGAUAUGCCCGUGGCAUGGGUUGGAUGCCUCCCAAACAACCGAACCAUCCAUCUGCUAUCAUAUUCCUUCCUUUUCCCUCCAUCGUCUCUCGUGAUCUACUUCCGUGCUUUGAAUUAUUCUGCCAUGACCAAGUCCUAUGAGGCUGCUAUGACCACCACGAGACAUGUCACUCAGACUGCCUUCGGCGCUAUUCAAAUCUCCGAUGAUCCUCGACUCCUCACCCGCAUGAAAACAUCCAUGUCUACUUACCUUGUUCUUGUUGUCCGCCGAGACAAUAUUCUCUCCGAUGCCUUGAGCCAAUUAUGGCGGCGUGAAAAGCGAGAACUGAUGCGACCCUUGAAGGUGCAAAUGGGCAUGGAUGAAGGAGAAGAAGGGCUCGACCAUGGUGGUGUUCAGCAAGAGUUCUUCCGUUUACUGAUGGGUCAAGCCUUUGACCCAUCUUAUGGCAUGUUCACAGUUGAUACUCGACACCGCAUGUCUUGGUUCCAACCGUGCUCAUUGGAACCUCUCUACAAGUUCGAACUUAUCGGUCUAUUGAUGUCUAUUGCAAUUUACAACGGCCUGACCCUCCCCGUGAACCUUCCCACUGCUUUCUACCGCAAAAUGUUGGGCUUGAAGGUGAAGUAUCUGGACCACAUUCGAGAUGGAUGGCCGGAGCUUAGCCAAGGCCUCGACACAUUAUUGGCAUGGAAAGAUGGCGAUGUUGGCGAUAUUUUCACACGAACUUACGAGUUCAGUUUCGAAGCCUUUGGGAGUAUAAAAACAGUCGAUAUGCAAAAGGUUAAUCGUGAUGCGGCGUGGCCACUUGCCAGCAAAACCGAAACCACCGCUCCGGCUCCUAUCGUGGGCUCCAGCGCCUGGAUGGAUGUGCCAGAUUACUGCGACCCUGCGAUAUUGGGAUCACCAACUUCUGUGGCAGUCGAGAAGGCUACCGAUGUCACAGCCCGUGAGGCAGCUUCAGACACGACCGCCAAGUCAGUGUCUGAAUCCAUAUCACUUCAGUCCCCUCUACCCCCAGCUGAGGAGGCCGCUCUUGUGACCAAUAAAAAUCGACAUCAGUUUGUCAAGGAUUACAUCUUCUGGCUCACAGACAAAUCCAUUCGACCACAGUUUGAAGCCUUCCAGAGGGGGUUCAACACGUGCCUGGACCGAUCGGCUCUGUCGAUCUUCUCCCCGGAAGCCCUAAAAACUGUGGUAGAAGGUAUUCAAUCGAUUGACGUAGAAGAGCUCGAGAACCAUACCCGGUACGAGGGUGGAUUUGGCCCUGAUCAUCGUGUCAUUCGUGACUUCUGGGAUAUUAUCCAAGAAUACCCCAAUGAAAAGAGGGCCCAGUUACUCGAAUUCGUCACUGCUAGUGACCGAGUUCCCGUCAACGGGAUCUCAAGCAUUAUGUUUGUGAUCCAGAAAAACGGCGUCGGAGAUUUGCGUCUUCCUACCAGCUUGACGUGCUUCGGACGUUUGCUUUUGCCAGAGUACUCGUCAAGGGAGACCUUGGCGAAGAAGCUUGACAAGGCUCUCGAAAACGCCCAAGGAUUCGGUGUUGCAUAAAAAGGUUGUCGGAUUCCAUUGUCAUUGUUUACCUAUACAUACCCAUUUGUUCUAUAAUUCAUUGAUGUGGUGUUGGCAUCCUAUCUCAUAUGGUGCAAAUAGCAUAUUACCAUGAAUCAACUUCAGCCUUCUACUAUGUUGUAGAUAUCUAUAGAGGAUCCCCCAUUAAGAUAGACAAAUCACAGUUUAUAGAUCUUCAUCGGACUCCAGUGCAGAGCUGUGGUUCGCUUGGCGAUGUGGCGCUCCGCAAAU